AAUACCUUGGAGGCAGGGCACAGAGCAGACAGCAAUGGUAGAGGACUGGCAGCAGCAGCAGCCUUAGCAGAAUACAAAUAACUACCAUCAUUUCCCAAACAAAAGAGCCACUCUGCGAUUGUGGGGAGGCGUUUUUGUGGGUGACCCAUGCAGCCACACUUUACUAAGACAAGAAAACAGUUUCCCUCUGCGUUUGUAUUGAAAAACCACCAUUCUGAGAUGCCUUUAUAGAUCAAGGAAUGCACAACUGGAUUACUGAAGGGCUCUUCUUUGUUCCCUGGUAAAGAGAAGAGACGGGCAGACGACCACUUUCUUUCUCCAAGUGUCAUCCCUUCAAGCACCAUAAUGGGAACUACAGAGGCCACGCUUCGGAUGGAAAAUGUGGAUGUGAAAGAGGAAUGGCAGGAUGAAGAUUUCCCCAGACCUCUUCCAGAAGACACAGGGAUGGAAUCCCUCGGCAGCCCCACCGAAGACACGUCCUCUCCGCCGAACACCUUAAACUUCAAUGGGGCGCAUCGCAAACGAAAGACUCUUGUAGCCCCUGAGAUUAACAUUUCCUUGGACCAAAGUGAGGGUUCCAUGCUGUCUGAUGACUUCCUGGACACCCCCGAUGAUCUAGACAUCAACGUGGAUGACAUCGAGACCCCAGAUGAGACAGAUUCCCUGGAAUUCUUGGGAAAUGGCAAUGAGCUGGAAUGGGAAGAUGAUACCCCAGUAGCCACCGCUAAGAACAUGCCUGGAAACAGUGCGGAUCUCUUUGGAGACGGGGCAGCUGAAGAAGGUAGUGCCACCAACGGGAGACUGUGGAGGACGGUAAUAAUCGGGGAACAGGAACAUCGAAUCGACCUGCAGAUGAUCAAACCCUACAUGAAGGUGGUGACCCAUGGAGGGUACUACGGUGAAGGCCUGAAUGCCAUCAUUGUCUUUGCAGCCUGCUAUCUUCCAGACAGUAACUCGGCAGAUUACCAUUAUAUAAUGGAAAAUCUCUUCCUGUACGUGAUCAGCAGUUUGGAGCUGCUGGUCGCUGAAGACUACAUGAUUGUGUAUCUGAAUGGCGCUACACCCCGUCGGAGGAUGCCAGGGAUUGGCUGGCUGAAGAAAUGUUACCAGAUGAUUGACAGGAGACUACGGAAAAACCUGAAAUCAUUAAUAAUUGUACAUCCCUCUUGGUUCAUACGGACAGUGUUGGCUAUCUCCAGACCCUUCAUCAGUGUGAAGUUUAUCAAUAAGAUCCAAUAUGUACACAGCCUGGAAGAACUGGAACAGAUCAUCCCCAUGGAGCACGUCCAAAUCCCCGACUGUGUCCAACUAUAUGAAGAAGAAAGAAUCAAGGCCAGAAAAGAAAGGGCAGAAGAGAAACAACAUACUGAGGAGAAGGAAAGGUCUGUGCUGGUUACAGAAGAUCAAGAAACAAGCCGUGGGGCCACAGCCCGAACAGCAGCAAAGUGUGAAAUUUCCUUCUUCUCUUUCAACACCCCAAUCGGGUCUGUUUCCAUUCACUUUUCUCUGUCCUACUAUAGUGUCUCUCAUGACCCAUCUGCAGUUGUCUAGUUCCUUGCCCGAUGUAAAUGCUGUCAUUUUUAAUCAAGUGUAAAUGCAGUUUCUUUCCGAAUUACUGAAUUCCACUACGGCAAGUUUUGCCAGUGCGAGAUGUCUUUGUGGUUGAUGACUCGUUUCGCAUUUUUGGAAUUUAAUGUCUUUUCCAUUCUCACUUUAUUGUCAUAUUUCCUCACCUGAUCUGCCUCCACCAAUUCUGGUUCUCUGCUCCUUGUUGAUUUUUGUCGAUGGCAUAUGUACAGAAUUAACUUUAGCCUUUUGACAUGAUUUUGCUAAAAUCCAGUUCAUCCAAUAGUUCCAAUCAUUUUUCUGCAUGCCUUCAUGUCUAACACGUAUUUGAUCUCGAAUGAAGGACUGUUUGCAUUCCCAAAUUGCAGUUUUAACCUGAAUUCUUCAGCAUUGUUCAAGAGGUUGCAAAAUUUCCUCUAGUGUCCAGUAGCUCAUGUGAAAUGCCAUGAUUUCAUUGCCCUUUGGCAAACGGUCAUCCUGUAGUUACUCUUUUCGGGCUGCUAGUUUAAGAUUACCUAACUACGUUCCAUUUAAGAACUACUGCAACCUUUUGAGGCUCCCCUUUUAGACUGAGUGCAUGUGCUCUCACCAACAAGUCAAACAGUUAUUUGGCUAUGUGCUUUGAAUUGCUUUGUGCUUUUAACUGUUCGAUGUUUAACUAGGGAUUUUUCUUCAUUGACAAAUCUGCUCUGUAUUCACUCUGCUCCUGGUACAAUGUUGAGUGUUUUCAUUGAGAAGCAAACUGCUAAUAAAUUAUUUGGAAAA